AGGGCCUUACGAACAAGUGGGUAUUGUGAAAACCACACUAAUCUUGACUCUGUCUCUCUAGUAUUACGAGCUGCCUACCGGAACUGAUUACUCGCACAUACACAGUCCAGCACGAGAAAUUUGGAAUCACGUUCACGCCGCUGAGAAGUACAAAAGUCUUCGAACUACUUACGAAAUUAUUCGAGCACAGACGAUACCCUUUUGGUAUUUAUUCACCCACGUUCAAUUUUUUCUGUAUCGCCUCCCCACUUACCCAGAACUCAACCCCCAAUCAUGGCAGACUUGAAAGACUGCGUCGCUUCGCUCUCCACCGGCGGCACGGGUGGAGCUUUUGGCGAAGCUACCUCCGUUCCCAUCACCGUUACUAAAAUCGAGAUUCUGGAGGCUCCGUGCGAACGGCUUCAGAAAUCCCUCCUGCAGGUCGAUAUCACACUGGAAAAUCGCGAAACGGCGAAGGAGACCACCGCGAAACUUCGGCUCCCCUUGCCAAAUUCUUGUCGUGUCGUCCAGUUGGACCUUGAAACGAAGGAUGGUGUCUUCGUUCCCGCCACGGCGGUACCGAAAAAGAAAACCAAGGAAAUCGUUUACAAGGAAAAGGAGGCCGGACGCAGCGUCGGGGCCGGGACGCAGGUCGGGGGCAGCAACGUUUUUGAGAUGGAGCUUUUUCCGAUCCUGCCCAAGGUGCCGACGCGGUGCCGGGUGAAGGUGCUCGCGACGAUGAGCAGUGUGGGGGAAGGAGGGGCUGCGUCACUGGAAAAGGACUUGAAGGCACGGCUGAGCCCUUUGCUCUUGGCGGAAAGCAAUAUCGAGAGCGGGUUCGUUUACUCCAGGUGUGCAAGUUCUAGUACAACAGCAGCGACGUCGGCUCCAAAUCCUACUGAGCCAGCGUGUGUGGUAAUGGAUUGUUUCGGAGCCAAGCAUUUUGCGAUCCGGGUUCCGCCACGAAUGUCUUCACAGACCGAGAUGGCUGCUGCUAGUAGUCCUGGUGCAACCCCCGCUGCCGUAUCUGGGACAACAUCGCAGGACCAGCCAGCCGUUGUCUCCGUUUUCUGGGACACGUCGGGUAGCCGAGAAGACGGGGCGGAGAAGCGAUUGGUGGAACUGGAGAAAGUGCUCCGGAAAUUGAAACCAACAAAGAGCUUCUUGGGCUUCACACUGCACACGUUUGACAUGGAGAUGAAAGAGCAUAAAGCUGCCACGAACUCCGCCUAUCACGGAGUAGACUCUCUUCUAGCGGUUUUGCGAAGUCUGAAGUACGACGGCGGAACAGAUGUUUCGAAGUUACCGAUACAUCUUGCCAAAGUGAUGGCACGACUUUCCCACGACGAAAAUGAUGCCGCGACUGUAGUCACAAGAACCGCACUAGUUUUUACUGACGGGCUCGACGUUUUCGGACGCACGCCAGAUUUCGCGAAAUAUCCCCUAGACGGCGAAACCACUGUGCACGUGAUCGCAGACGAGUCCGCGCAGCAGAAUGCCACGGUUUUGCGAGCACUUACGCUCGCGAACGCGGCCAGGCCGGGUCGUCUGGUAAAAAUCUGUAUUGAAAGCACAACUACAACGGCGAAGCAGAAUACUACGCAGAGCGCCGGUGCCCAAUCACAAAUGCUCGAGAGAAUCCUCCAGGAGGGAGUGUCUGGAAUCCGUGCACCACAAGAAGCGCGCCUGCAUCGGAUUACGUCGAACCAGAGUGACGAGGCGUUCCAACUAGAGUACGACGACGGAUUUCGCUGCUUUCCCGACCACCGCCUCGCUUUUCACGACAUACCCUUGGAGCACGAAGACGUGAUAAUCGCGGGCAUCGUUGGUGACGAAGUAACUGAGGCGACCGUGGAAGUGCGCGGCAGAGACGGCGCCCUGGAGACGUUUACACUGCAGUUCACAAAAGAACCCGCUUCUACGGCCUCAUCUUUUUUCACAGGCGCUUUCUCCUUUGGAAAAGAUUUACUUGGAUACCUCUACGCAGAAACCCAGUACCAGUGUAUCCAGAAGGACGCGCUGCGCUCGGGCCUGAAUCUGUCGAAGAUUCAGGAAGAGCUUGCGGUCCGCUACUGUUUUUGCAGUCCGGAGGCCUCGUUAUCAAAAGGAAAAAUCCCCCCUCCCCAUAUCAAAACGAAAUUUCUGAUGCUGGAUUUGGAUACACAAAUCGAAUUUGUGUUGCAGUAGAGGAACGCACGCAGAUCCUGAGCCUAGGCAGGGGCCUUUUGGUGUAGGCGCCUAGCAUGGUAGACGGCUACCCUGUAGGCCUUACAGCAUUACAAAGCGCCAGCAUAGCGUGGCGGACAGCCUGAGCGUGCCUUCUUGCAAGACAGGCCCGAUUUGUGGCCACAAAUCUGCAACGCAAAUUUUCGGAAAAAUAUCUUUUCGAUAUGAGGAGGGGGGAUUUUUCCUUUUGAUACUCGUUGCUGUUACUCCACACGGAGGCCCAGUUUCGGGAGAAUGACGUGCCUCCACCACUAUCGCACCCGAUUCGCGCCGAGUGGGAGGAAAGACAAGCAAGUGGGAAGAACAGUCCGAAAAACAAGAACAAGCCGCCCAAGUCCAUCUUCGAAGCCGACAGUGACACAUCAGACUCGGAAGACGACAAAGUUUCCAGUAAAAACGAGCUCGGAACAUUGAAGCGGGUGGAAGUUUACGAAAAAACGGUGGGCGCACUGGUGACGCGAUUGCACGACUUCAUUGGCGGAGAAAUGGCGGAGCGCACAAGGGUUAAGAGAAAGGGGCAAAGAAAGAACACCCGUGGACGAGGUGGAAAGAAAGGGGGCGGAAAGGGCGGAGGUGGAGAUGGGUUGUUUCUCAUGUCUGCCUCCGCACCAGCCCCACGAAUGAUGCGGAUGGCAGCUGCGGCUCCGCAGGGCGCGAUGCGCGGUUUUGCGCCUGAUGCGCGCGAAGUUGUUGAGGACGAGGAAGAGGACGCGAUGGAAUUCGGCCUGGAAGGCUGCGAGGCACCGAUGAUGAUGAUGGAGUCCGUUAAUUCUGUAAUGACGGAUGCUCUGCCUGCAUCUGCUGCUCUUCUUGGCGGGGGAGCACCACCUGCUCCCGCCGCGCCCGCCACCUGGGGUGGUCGUAGUCGUGGUGUUCCGGCAGGACUGAAAAGUGCUGGUGCUGCUGAACAAGAAGGUGCGACGGCCCCCGGCGUCAGUGCAGCUGGUCCCGCAGUGACCGCCUCUACGGACCCGGAGCUCUACGAGGCGCAACUGCGUUCGGUGCUGCCUGAAAUACAGAAACAAACACAACCGACAGACGUACAGGAAGAAUUGCCUAUGCAAGCGACAGCCGUCUACUUCCAGUUGAAGGAAGUCAACAAGCGCUCGCCCUCGUUCUUCCUGUCCUGUGCCCGGCAGCUCCGCGACCGCGGGUUUAUCCAGGACGGGAUCCGCGUUGCCUCGAACUGUCUGGAGCUAAGCCUGGAGGAGCCGCAACUCCUCCGCACCGUUGCGUACUACCUUCUCUCCGUUAACAGCGAAGCGGGGAAUAAUUUGGCAAUCACGAUUUUUGACCACGUCGCGGAGAUCUGCCCCGUCGAGCCGCAGUCGUUUCUCGACAUGGCGUAUCAAAUGUAAAAAUGUCUGGGUCUGGGAGAUUGCGAGAUUUGUCAUGCUAGUCUGGCAUGACUCUGGACUGGGAUCUGUAUUGCAUGGCGACAAAGAGCUCCUCUUGCCUGUCAUGCAAACACGCAGUUUCUCAUGCGAAACACGCAACACAGAGCCAUGAAAAAACUUGUCAUGCUUGGCGGUGCAUUGCGGUGUGGGUAUUUGUAUUAUUCAGUGACCUGCAUCACAAGUUUCCAGACCCAGACAUUUUUACAAUUCAUAUGGCGCUCGCGAGGCUGCGGCUGUUAUUCAUCUUCCGCGACGGAAAGAAAAAAUCCUUGGACGAUGAAAUAAACGCUGGAAGCAACCUCGCUCUGUCCCAGGCCCUGCGCGUCGUCACCCACAACUGGGCCGGCCGGUUCACCGAGGUCGAGUGGCCAGCGCUGAUCCUGAUGCAGUUCAUCCGCGAGGAGGUGCAGCUGCGGGAUACUAACUUGACACCAACAUUAUACCCCCCCCUUUUCAUGGAGAAGUGCAAGCCGCCGCUGAACGAUUUUCAGCUUCUAUUCCCCACUCCUGAGAAGUGGAAGGAGUGCAAUCUGUGCGUUUGGCUCGCCUGGGACACGGAUAAAACAGAUCUCGACUUGCACGUGAUUGAACCUACCGGGGAGGAGGUGUAUUACGGCAAUCGGGAAAGCGCGAUGGGCGGCUACUUGAGUCGGGAUUUCACGCAGGGCUACGGGCCGGAGGUGUACUUACUGAAGAACCCGGGCUACAAGCCGCCCGCCGACGACCUGUCACAAAUAGCACCCAAGGUCUACCGCAGCGUUAGCGAGGAAAUUGAAGCUCGAGUACGUGAAGGAACUACAGGCAAUCAGGGGCGGAGUUUGCUAAGUACCAUGACGGGCGGUUUGUUUGGCGGCCGGGGCGGACGAGGUGGAACAACAACAGCAAAUCGGGGAGAUGGUCGGGGUGGAACUACAGCGUCGGCAGAAGAGGAGAAAAAGGCAACAAACAGUGCCGAACCCCCCUCGUCCGCAAUCACGUUCAAGGUGCGGGUGAAAUACUAUGGUAGUCACCAGGACUCGCCUUUGACCGGCGCGACAAGUUGCGUGAUUUGGGCGCUCUGUCGCCUGCCGGACCAGAGUGUGAAAGUGGAAUUCUUCACGGCGCGGCUCUCGAACCACAAACAAGUGCAGGACGUCAUGGAAAUCCGGUACGACAAGGACGGGAAGUACGAGGGCAUUGCGCCGCUAGUUUAGGCGCCGCUAGGUAAACCCUAAACCCUAAACCCUGCGCAUCAACAAACUUGAAAAUAAAAUUGACUUGACAGCACUGGACUGGAGGUAACGAAACUUCGCCUCUUUUCCCAAAAACCAGAAUGAAGCCGCAGAAACGCGGUCGUCUCUGUCCUAGCACAGGUCGUCGACCACCAUCGCACAAUUAUUGUUGUAGAGUGUAUGAUCAAGCUAAAACGCAAUUGCAACACGACCUUAAUAAAA